ACGCGAAUCCGUCGCACUCUCUGUUUCCGGUGAAACUUUCGGCGAAAAAGAAGCACAAGAAAACGUCGCAAACUGCAGUCAGAAGUUUUUUUUCACAAUGAGUCAAAAUCCCCCAGCACACACCAAAGCAGUCCAGUUAGUGGAGAGCAAUAGUCGACCAUGUGGUGUUCAGCUUGUCAGCACCGCCCGGACAAACAAAUCAGCUGAUCCGAUGGACUUAGUGGAGCUAGCUACCACCAUACAAAAGGCUGAUGAAUUUGUGAAAGCCACAGCUGGAAGUAAACUGACGGAAAUCGCAAACCAGAUCCGCUACCUUCAGGAGCGGGCCAGAAAGGCUCUAGAAGAGGCCAACAGAGACAAUAAACUCCACCAUUACGCCUGUAACCUGGUGAAGAAACCAGGUACCACUUACUACCUGUAUGAACGGGAGUCGGGACAGAAGUAUAUGUCAAUUCUAUCCCCAGAAGAGUGGGGUGCAUCUUGUCCACACAUAUUUAGUGGAGCGUACAAGUUAGAACACGAUAUGUCAUGGACUCCAUUAGAAGAGGUGGAGGAACGUAGUCAACAGUUCGCUCUCAUUGAUAAAAUCUUAGACACUCAGAAAGCAUUGCCAGAAACAUCAUCCAUUACCGGUAUACUUGGAGAUAAAUCAUAAAUUGACCAGUUAAUGUGUAAUUAGACUGUGUGGACACUCUAUGCAAGUUUGGUAUACUUGAGUGAAAGGUUUUGUGAAUGCUUGUGUCUGAAAUGGGAAAUGUGUUGAAAACUUUGCAAUCCAGAACUACUGUGAUGAAAAGAUGAGAAGUUCCAAAGUUAAUGUGACUUUUACCUUCAUGCCAUUGAUUUUUUUUAUGUAAGGAUUACUUUUAUGACGACUUUUUUUAAAUUGAACUUUUUUAAUCACACGAAGAAAGUAGUGGAAUGCUAAAUCAUGCACCAUUUUCAGUAUUUAGAUAAUUACACUAUACACAUAUUAUUUAUUCAUUAUGUACAUUUACAUGAUUAUUUAAAAAAUGUUCUUGAGGGCUAUAGAUCAAAUAAAGAGGGUUUUUUGUAUUACUUUAUAUGUGGAUACACUAUGAUAUGAUUCUUUUAAAACAUGGAUAUCUCUUUUUAUUGG